AUGUCGAUGAAAACUGCGCUCUGGCGAGCGAAUGCGGCGCCGUUUAGCGCGGCGUCAGUCAGUCUUGUAUCGUGCGGCGUACAGUGGUCAGUCGUCGCGCCCGUUCGUUCGGUGUGUUUGUCGAUAUUGCGAGAGAGAACUAGAGACGUGUGCGGUGGGGGGAGUGGCGGCGUGCCGACCUUCCUGUACCCUUCGAGAUUCUUGAGAGGGUCCACGGGACAGGUCGCGCGACGCCGCGCACCCCCCGCUACGCUAGCUCUCUCGCCUAGCGGCGGUUCGAUCGUGAUUAAAGUAGGCGGACUCGACGUCCGAAGUGCGCGUCGACGCCGGCGUCGCACGGCGGUUCCGACCGACCGGCGAGAUCGGCGCCUUCGCGCUGACGGAUAUCGCGUCUGCCUCGUUUUUUAUCGUUGGCCUCAGAUCAGGGAGGAUCACCCGCCGAAUUUAAGCAUAUUAGUAAGCGGAGGAAAAGAAACUAACCAGGAUUUCCUUAGUAGCGGCGAGCGAACAGGAAUCAGCCCAGCACUGAAUCCCGCGGUUGUAACGAUCGCGGGAGAUGUGGUGUUCGGGAGGUCCCGCUUUCUCGUCGUCGCCACUCCUGUCCAAGUUCGUCUUGAACGGGGCCGUUUUCCCGUAGAGGGUGCCAGGCCCGUAGCGACGGAGCGAGACGGCGAGAGGGACUCUCCUCAGAGGGUAAACCUGCGAAACUCGAAUGAACGAACGGAGAGAUUCAUCGUCAUUCGGCGGCGUACGGGCGCGCGCCUCGAUGUGACGCACCGCCAUUCGCGUGGCGUUCUAGCGUUGCACGGGUCGCGUCCGUCGACGUCCGCCGACGGCGUGCACUUCUCUCUCAGUAAUACAUCGCGACCCGUUCGACGUCGGCCUAAGCGCCGUCCGGGAGCCCUGCGGUCCCGCCUUAACAGGGCGCGGCUGCAGGACCGUGACGGUCCGCCGGCCGGCUAUCGGACGAGUGCGGACGUUGGAGCGGCGUUGCUGUCGUCGCAGCCGUGCUGUCUCGGACCGUGCGCGUAUCAGUCUGCGAUGAUUCAUUUUCGGGCACUCGCAGGACCCGUCUUGAAACACGGACCAAGGAGUCUAGCAUGUGUGCGAGUCAUUGAGUUUAUAUCAAAAAUAAUGCACAAAACUGAAAGGCGCAACGAAAGUGAAGGCGUGCGCUUGUCGCGCGCUCAGGGAGGAUGGAGCGUCGGUCUCGAUCGAUCUCCCGCACUCCCGAGACGUCUCGUUUCCAAUCCG